AUGGACUGCGCUACUACUUUGAUUUUUCAACCGGACACCGGAAUCCCUGAAUUUGCGGGCCGAGGUGCUCAAUAUUUCGAAAUAGAAUCAAUUCAUGAGCCAGCUGCUGUGCGUGAAAACGCCAAGUUCAGCGGCACACAUUCCUUUUUGGGAAAUCACGUGGCAGACUAUGUCCUACUCAAUGCCUUCCAAUUCCAAGACUACGGUGAAAAAAUUAAAAACAUUCACUCCUUCCAACUUCUUUACGCCCUUGAAACUACAUUGGGCAGUACUAUCGGCAUGAAUCUCUCUCUUGGAUGCCCUAUCCUCCCACAAGACGCGCGUGAGAUUAAAUCUCCGUGUUUGGUCGCAUUUGGACGGCGCAGCCACCCUGGACCUUAUGUCCAGGGAUAUCAAAAAUAUAUAUCACCUUUCGACACUCUUUCCUCGCCGUCUCCUCCAUCCUUCGAAUGCGACUACUCCAACUUAGGACGGGCCAUGGCCCAGCAUCCAACAUCCGCAUGCUGUGAGGAGAAGGUAUCUCUGCCGCCUCCUCCGCGCAUUGCCAAACCGCCGCUCUCUCCCCUUACUGUUGGGGAGGGAACACUUAAUAAUCUUAAGGAUGAGCCGGACCGCUUAGGUCCAGGAUCCUUGCUGUGGAAAGUGCCCAUUGGGAGUCAGCUGCAGCAACCGCAGCCAUCUACUCCUGAUCCGUUCCAGGUCCCGCAAGUUCCUUCUCACUCUCAUACCAUCACCUCUCCGGCUCACGCUACCCUCAUUCCUGCCCUUGGUCGCGACCGGCUGCAACAACCUCAGCUAUCUACUCCUGAUCCGUUCCAGGUCCCGCAAGUUCCUUCUCACUCUCAGACACCCACCUUGGAUGUUGGACGCCCUGGAGUUAGGGAUCCCAGGAUUAGUAGGUUGAUUGCUGCUGGUGAGUCGCCCUCUUCUUUUUAUUCAGAUUCAUUUAAUAAUAUCACUUGGAUUCACAAAGAAACUCAUUUGUCUGCUACGUUGGACACACAGUAUCCACUCCCUGCACCCACCUUGGCAAGCCGCGCGCCCACUCCUUUCCCUGGGUUACAACCACCGGCCAACCUAACGCUCGCCGGCACCAACCAGCUCUUUCCUCACAUCGCUUCGUACGUAUGCAGCCCCUCAUCACCUACCACCUCCGACUCUUCAUCCUACCAUAUCCUACGUGUGCCACCCAACUCUUGCAUUGACGAAGUCUCUGCGGCCGAUUUUUUCGUCGACUCAGACGGAAGCAGCCUCUUCAGCGACGACGACAUGUCGUCAACGACGUCGUCAGACUAUUCUUUUGAGAGUGUCAAUGAGGACUCCUGCAACGACACUACUAAGCGCUUUAACCACCUCCUACCUACGUGUGACCCCCAUCUCCCACUAGGUGAUGUCCUUAUCGCAGCAGAUCGCCUCGCUGUUGGGUUUACUACUAUGCCUACAUUCAUUUCUUACCUGUCCUUUGAUCCAACAUCUAACGCCUUGGUCGCCGACCCACCUAAAUACGAAACUAACAUUCGUAUGCCGUACAAAGGUGUUCAUUGCGGGCGCGAACAACGUGCCACCCUUCCGUUUAACGGAACUUAUCGUAUUUCCACAGUGCAAUCCCUCAACUCGACAGCAUCCCUUAUCUACUCCGAUAUGGCUGCGCACAUCAAGCGUGAGGUCGGGCCAGAACAAGCUAAGUUCUUGGCCACUCGUCCUCCUUCCAUCUACCAUUACAAUCGCUCACACUACCCCGGCACUGUUGUUCGAGGGCAAACUCGCCUCGAAAACCGCUACUACGAAUGGCGAAACCUUCGCCGUCUCCACCUUGACCUUAUUUCAGCUGUUCACGCCACACUAACCCCAGAGCAGUCCAAGGACUGCAACGACGCUGACCUAUGCGUCAUCAUCGUCGAAAACGACAAGGCACUUCCUGCUUGGGUCAAUCGUUCUGCCUUCUUCCUCCAGACGGCACCCUUCUGCAAUCCAUUUUUGACUCGACACGAGUCUACCUACCUUCGCUCGGCCGCGAGCUAUUUUCGUUUCUAUGGCUAUGAACAUACGACUAACAUUAUUGAUCACGUUUUACAGCUGACGGUACCAGAUGAGAACGUCGUUUAUAUCCUACUCCAACACCUUUUACUCGACGACCUUUCGCGCACCGGCGUGAAGCCUCUUUCAAGCAUUGGGAACAUCCUCGCACUACACGAACGUAAGCAUCGUGAGGAGUUUGUUAUAUUUCAACCUGGCUUCGCGAGCACGUUCAAGGACGCGCAACAUUAUGCUAACAGUGCCUAG